AACUGGGUGCACAACACAUCCACAACUGUGUUUACCAGUCAGUCAGUCUUCAGAUUAGACCACCAUGGUAGAGGGCACACACUGAGGCUCACCGGGAUUAUUUGGAGCACUCAAAUGGCUUUCUUUUGAAUUCAAUCGACCACAGUGAUUUGGCAUUUUGGACUUCCGACCCUAAGCUGGAACUUUAUCCUCCAGUGAAUGUUGAAGCACGUCGUGGACCCUCAGAAGCGAGGAAGUGAGGUUCUGACAAUGUGGAUCCCAACCCCCAGCAUGACCGUCCCGCAGCGGAUGGUGCUGUACGGGACUUGCGUGGUGGCGCUGGUCAACUCCGUGGGCCUCCUCGUCCUCAUGGUUCAGCAGAAUCAGCAGCACGCGCGGCUGCAGCAGACCGAAGCGAGGCUGGCCGAGGUGGAGCAGAGCUCGGUGGUGGAGUUCUUCCGGGAGGUGCCGAAGGGAGCGGCGGGGCUGCGAGCGGGCCCCGGGGACCGCUCACAAUACCAGCAGUACUCCAGGAACAAGAGGAGCGAGGAGCUGGAGAAGGACCUGCAGCGGGAGCGUCACCAUGACGAUGAAGGGCAGGGGUUACGGCUGAAGGAGGCCAGCCAGGAGGUCGGGGAGGAGAAGGACGAGUUGAAGCUCGAGCUGAAGCACAAGCAUCGACACGGCCAGCAUUACAACACACAGGAUGACAUGAUGAUGAUGAUGACUUACUCCAUGGUGCCGAUCAAAUUGUUGAUUGACAUCUGCAACAGCACUAAGGGAGUCUGCCUCGCCGGACCGCCGGGGCCACCAGGUCUGCCUGGUGCAGACGGCUUGCCAGGCCACAAUGGGACCGAUGGCAUAGCAGGACUGAAUGGACUGCCUGGAGCGGACGGAAAAAGAGGGAAGAAGGGACCUCCGGGUGAGAAAGGAGAACCAGGAGAACAAGGAGAGCCAGGAGAGCCUGGUCCACCUGGAGAGGCAUAUGAACCAUCCAAUGAUGUCAUUGUUGAGGGGCCUCCUGGUCCACCUGGCCCUCCUGGACCCAUGGGACCUCCUGGGCCUCAAGGGCCUCCAAGGACAAGGCACCACAGAGCUCACCUGCAAACCUCUCAUACUCUGGGGUUGUUGCACGCCGUGCCAAACGACGAAACUUUGACCGUGAAACAAGCUGUGAAACUUCACGAAAAGCUGGUUAAGAAGGAGUGCCUCAUAAAGUCCCUGAUAAAUCCCAGAAUUGUGGCGAAGAUGGAGAGCACGUUUGGCACGUGGAUGAAAGACACAGCUCACAUGAACGAUGAGAGGAUAUGGGUGGCAGAACACUUCUCAGGUCGCAUGGUGAAGGAGUACCAAAACAUGGCUGCUUUCCAGAACGGCAGCAGCGAGACGGUGGAUGUUAGGAAGUUUUACCAAGGCUGCGGCCACACCGUCCACAACGGCUCUCUCUAUUAUCACAUCGCUGGCACUUCUACUAUCGCCAGAUUUGACUUCAGAACCAGGAGGCUUCACACUCUCUACAUAGACAACGCCUUGUUCAACAACCUGUCGUAUCUGCUGACAAACUCCAAGACCUAUUUCAAGAUGGCGGCAGACGAAAACGGCCUGUGGUUGAUAUUUGCCUCGGGAGCGGAUGAGAGCAUCAUGGUAGCCCAGCUGGACCAGAAGACCUUCUCCGUCACGUCCUACAUAAACACCACGUACCCUCGCACCAAGGCCGGCAACGCUUUCAUCGCCUGUGGCGUCUUGUACGUCACCGACACCAAGGACGCCAGAGUUACCUUUGCUUUCGACUUGCUGAAGGGGAAGGCAGUGAAUAUGACAUUUGACCUGAGGUCUCCUGGGGGAGUUUUGGCUAUGCUCUCCUACAGCCCGAAGGACAGACACCUGUACGUUUGGGACCAGAGCUACGUCAGGCUCUUUGUGGUCCAUUACAUCUCUGAUGAGUGAUAAUCACGCAGACACAACCAUUACGUUAUGCUCUGAAGCAAACCCCGUGUUGACAAAAGUUACGCGCUACUAGAUUUAGAGGGGGGGAGGAAAGUUUUAACGUUUACAACAAUUAUAUACAUUAGUCUUCAUUGUCAUGUGGAACAUUUAGUCCAAAUGAGUCUGAACAGAUUUUAAAUAGGUUUUUUUUCUACAAGAAACUGAAUUUAUAUCGUUUGUGCGUUUGUUGUUGCAUGAGUUGAAAGUGGGAUUUCAGUGUUACUAAGACUGAAUACUAAUUGGGUUUUUUUAAAUAUAAUUUUGUAUUUUUUCACUGCACACGUUAACAUUUCAAUGUCUUUAAUGUUGCAACUUUUAACAGUUAGUCUAAGUAAGGCAGUGAAGGCACCACAAUCUUUUUAAACACCAUAAAAUGACUUGUUUUCCCCACUAUAAGUAAAAAAAAAAAGCUGUGAUAAAUACUUGUUGUUACAAACUGAACCAAUGAUUUACCUUCUGUAUCUGUUUUUGAUGACAAAUGCAUGGCAAUCCAUAUUUUGUAGAAAGUUUAUACCCCCCAAUUAUCCAUAUCCAUGGCAGAUUUACAUUUAAACUUAAUUUCACCAACAUAUUACUUCUGUUUAGAAGUAACAUUACAGUUUGCUGUGGCUGUAGAUAAUCUAUGGAAAUAUGUAAAUAAGCAGUUAAAAAAAGAAAAGAAAAACACUCAGAUUUUGAGGAAGGCUCGUCUCACUUCCUU